GUAUGCCACAAAUCAGUUCACUAUUUCAGUCGCAGUGUAAUUUUGGACGAAUAACAAGAGGGUUCGAUUUGUGUGCUUGAUGUACUGCAGACUCUCAAUCCCCCAAACAGUCAUAUAUGUUGAGUGUACAAGAGUGCUAGAGGGCGAGUAAGUGAAUUUUCCCCGUUUAUACCAUCUCCGGAUCACAUCCCGGGGUCGUCUAACCAUCGCGCAUCAGGGAAAACAGUAGCUGUUUUGUGUGGCUGCGGAUCAGUUUGGAUAGGACUGAGUACCAUUGUUAGAUACCUCCGAACCUCUAUCUAACACCACAUUCUCGGGUUUUUCGUGUGUGAACUUUUACGAAUAGUGAAAACAUUCAUCUUAAUCCAGUGAAACUGACUUACCGGAUGUGUUUGUAACUAAAUGUGCGAAAAGUUUUGCAAAUUUCAAAAUUUUACCGGUCGAUUUUCAUCCCAAAAUAUUCGGAACUAAUAUCGGGAGUUAGUGGAUUAGCAAGAAAAGUCAUUACCUUGUUCUUGCCAGAUUGUCUGACAAGACCACACCAAAACCUAUAAUACCAUCUUAAUACUUUAUAAUACUUUCAAAGAUUUCCCCAAUCCCAACAGACAUUAUCAUUGAUUUUUCACUUUUAAUCCUCCCCAAUUAAACAUAUCCAUGAAUAGUGUGUCGAAUCCCUAACAAAACCGAAUAUCCCAACCCCCAAAAAAUUAAAAACUCGGACUUUUCUUAAGUGAUUUGUAAAAUAGUGCAACAAAACUCUUUAAAAACGAAAAAAUACAUAAAAGUGACUUAAAUGUGGGGAAUGUGGAUGUUCUCAGGCAAAUCUUAUAGCAUCUGAGAAGUUACAUAAGCCAGUAUCAAGGUGGAUAAUUUAGUUGUAAGGAUUACAUCUUCAAUAUAUUGGUCAGUGUUUUCUCAGAGCCGUCGCUAAAUUGCCAAGACGAUUCGAUACCACGGAUUUAGAGACGUCGUCAUUCCAAACGGAAGAAGACUGAAUCAACUAUCGGCCAUCUUUCCACCUGCUAUCAUGGAGCGGGGUGGGCUCGAAAGUAUGACCGAUUCCGCCGGACUCUGUCUUCAGGAUCUGGUGGGUGGGGGUGGUGGUGGCAGUGGCAGUCAGUCUGACCACUUGCACAAUCAUCAUCCGCUGCAUGAUUCUGUGGCAGCUGCGGUCAGUGUUUCAUCGGCGAUAACCGGCCUAAUGACAGGUACGGGAGGCGCUGGCCUAGGUCACUUGCAUCACAGUUCACACGACAUAUCCGGACAUCAUCACCACAGCGUUGUGCCACAUACCCCAUCUCUCCAUGAGCCACUGGAGAAGCUAAAGAUGUGGGCUGAAACUGGAGACUUUAGAGACAAUACACAUAGUGCAAUGACGGCAGUUACCAGUGGAAUGGAUCAUACUCAACUGAAUUUUCAGUCUUCAGCAUCAAGAGGACGAAGCAGAGAUAGAAAAGGUGAAGGAAAUCGAUCACUGGAGACAUCAGUGAAAACAGAAACAGUAACACCUGGUUUAGGUCACGAUGAUUCCAUUGUGUCCACUGAAGAGACGAAAAAUGACAAAAAGAACAAGAGACAACGACGCCAAAGGACGCACUUUACAUCGCAACAACUUCAGGAAUUGGAACAUACAUUUAGCAGAAAUAGAUAUCCGGAUAUGUCGACACGUGAGGAAAUCGCCAUGUGGACAAAUCUAACAGAGGCAAGAGUCAGGGUAUGGUUCAAGAACCGACGGGCCAAGUGGCGCAAACGUGAGCGGAAUGCAAUGAAUGCCGCAGCCGUCGCGGCGGCAGACUUCAAGAAUGGUUUCGGGACACAAUUCAUGCAGCCCUUUGCUGAUACAGAUACUCUAUAUACAUCAUAUUCGCCAUACAAUAAUUGGGCGACCAAAGUGCCCUCUCCACUUGGCACCAAAACUUUCCCUUGGCCUGUGAAUCCUCUGGGAUCAGUGGUAUCGACAAAUCAUCAUCAAAAUUCUGUGAAUUGCUUCAAUUCAUCGGCAUCAUCUGUGGCUGUUAGCAUGUCAACUUCGGGGACAAUGCUGCCGGGCGGAAUGGGUACAGGUCUGGCGGCUACGGGUCCUGGUACUGCAGUUGCAGCACCACCCUGUCCCUAUACAAAUCCCACCAAUCCUUAUUCAAUGUACCAUCAUAGAGCUACAGCUGAGCCCUGUACAGCCAUGAGUUCAAGCAUUGCUACCCUUCGUCUGAAGGCCAAACAACAUACAUCCGGCUUCAGUAGUCCCUACUCAGCUCCGUCUCCUGUCUCGAGGUCCAACUCAGCAGGACUGUCCGCUUGUCAGUAUGCUGGAGUAACGGACACUGUGUGAGAAAACGCCUUGGGCUCCUUGCUGAACAGCCAACUUCAGCAUCACUCCCACAAGAAUCACGAGGAUGAUGACAUCCUGGGGCCCAAUAAUGACGGUGACGAAGUGGAAGAGAUACAAGAUUGAACAGCAUUUCCAACUGAAUUCCUGUAAGUCUCUUUUAGUAAAAAAAAAUUAACUAGGUUCUUUAUCCCGAAUACUAGGGUCCUUCUGGCGAAAUAUUCGUUUCGGUUACGAAUUCUUUGAAUACGAAAAUAGUUUUUUAGUGUAUUGAUACAAGCGAUAUAAACCUUUGUUCACAAGCAAUCUCUCAGACUAUAAAGAUUUUUUAUCUUUUUUUGAGUCUUUUACAUUACCAGUUCGAAGAUCAUUAAGAAUCCAUAUUCAUAAGUAAUUUUUCGAAUUUAAAAAUAUCACAUUAGACUAUCUCUGUUUAAACGUUUAGAAGAUGAUUCAUAUUCUUGCAUUCAUAAAUCUUCUCCGUGAGGAGCUUUCUAUUAGCUGAACCCUGUUUUACUGAUUCAAAAAUAAUUCGAAAAGGACACAAUGUUUUCGAAAUUUGAAUCGACGACCAAAAAAAAGGUAAAUUUCAAGAGAAAGAAAUUUUAGAACUUGUUUUAAAAUUAAUUAACGAUAAUGUUCGAUAACCCAUUAAGGAUAUUCUAUUAUUUGAAAUACAAUAUCGAAAACAAUGCUUUUCGAUUUUGGUUUUGAUAUGACAAGUAUUAAAAUUUGAAAAAAAAGUUUUAUCAACAUUUAUGCAACAUAUCCGCAACCUUAUUUUAAAAUCUUCAAGAUAUUAUGCAAGCAUUCCGAAAUUUUGUUUCCAACCUCAAAUUUCGAUAGUUUCCGCUUCCUUAUUCGGAUCGGAGUUAUUUGGAUGUCAUCUUGAUUUUUCAAUUUAAAAUCUAUAAUAUUAGAUAAUAUAAAAACAAAGAAUUCUCUAAUAAUGCCUAAUGUUGCUUAAUUUUUUUAAUCCUAAUCCCAAAAAGUAUUAAUAAAAAAUCUUGUCUUAAUUACUUUUUCUAAGAAGUUAAACAAAUUCACAAAAAAUCAUACGAAUAACACGAAAUGGAUAUCUGUCAUUCAGUCUCCCAAUUAAACGAAUAAGAAAGCGAGCACUGUAUUUCUAAACAAAAUAUGUUCUUACUUUCAAGCCCUGUGAAUUUCGAAGUUGUAAAUUAACGAGUUUCAGGAAGAAGAGAAAAGCAAAAUCACGAUCUAAAGUUUUGUCUUCGAAUUUCGAAUUUCAUCCAAGGUUUCAACUCUAUGGAUUGAUCUGUCCAAAGAUUAAAAGUUUCGGAUAUAAUUCGAAAAAAAGCUUAGAAGGGAAUUUGAAAAAGUAAAGCUAUUUUUCAGUUUUUCUUGUUAAAAUUUUGCAGAUAUUUGAUGGGCUUUGGAGUGUCUUUGUCUCUUCGAAAAGUUAUUA